UAGUAGUAGUAGUAGUCGCAGGUGGGCGCUAUCGCGAUAACAAUAUCGGGUUAUCGGUUAUCCGAUAAUUAUUUUUCCCGCGUUAUCGAUUCAACGGCAUCGCCAAUAUAUUUUGGUCCAAACUAGCGAUAAUCGAUCAUUUGUUUUUGGUUCCAAUUUAGCACAGGGGGAAUAGCUCGUGCCUUGGAGGCAGAAAUAGGUACGUGAAUCCGAGCUGGGAACCGAAAGUAUACUGAACGGAGUGGGAGGGGUGUGGGGCGCGGGCGGUCUUGGCGUCUCAAAACGUUCGCUCCCCUCGACCCUCAGCUUCAGUCUCCCACCAGCUGUCGGGUGAGAGGUUGCGAGGUGUUGCUACUGCGCGCUCCCGGUUUUACGCGUUCUUUGAUGAUUUUUUUUUUUCCCUAUGUUCCCGUGCUUCUUCCGUUCUAACUUUUUGUGCACGUGUAUAUGAAUGUAUGUAUUAUUCGGUGCUAUUAUUUAAUGCUCGCUUACUAACGUUUUGAACACUUACGAAGUUACGCCCCUAUUUUAAACUGAUCCUAUUUUUAUUGUAGUUUAGUAGUGAAGUGCUUUGCUAUUCUAUAGUAUUGAAUUAGUGAUGGCGUCCCAAGAGACUGUGCCCGCAUCAAGCCAAGGAGACUCAGCGGAGUCUAUUGACUCUGAGCUCACUGAGGCUGAACCUCAAUCACCCUGGCCAUUCCUUGGCAAGUGGGUGCAGUACAAGAAGAUGGUUGGCGACAACUACAUCUUCCAGUGCUUGUCCUGCCUUCCCAAGAUCACUGAGUUGAAAGUGAACAAGGGCACCAAGGCCAACCUGAAGAGCCACUUCAACAGGAUUCAUCCUGACAAGGCAAAACAGGUUAAUGAAGCUUGCAUGGCCAACGCUGGGACUGGAGGCCGCAGCAGGAGCUGGUAUGGUCAGUCACCCGACGGCGGGUCAGCCACCAAGAAGCAGCGGCAGAUGUCCAUCGCCGAGACCUUUGGUAUCAUGACCCAGGGCAGCGCCGUCCUGCAGUCCACCAUCGACGAAACAAUUGUCAGGUUUUUGGUGGACAACAUGCUACCGCUGCAGAUUGUGGACAGUCAGAGUUUCAGGGGUAUGGUCCACACCCUCAACCCUAGCAAAGAGGUACCCUCCAGGAGGACGCUUGGGAGGAGAAUCCUCAAAACCUAUGAGAAAAUGAAGGAGAGCCUCACCAGCAAACUGGAGCAAGUCAAGUGGGUUGGCACUACAGCUGACUGCUGGUCAGCUAACAAAAAGGGGUACCUAGGUAUGACUGUGCACUGGCUGGACCCAAACACCAGGGACAGGAAGAUGGCUGUCCUGGCCUGCAAGAGGAUCACGGAAAGCCACACCCACGAUGUACUCGCCCAGGUCAUGGAGAAUGUCCACAGCCAAUUUGGAAUAAAGGACAAGAUCACCAUGACAACCACAGACAAUGCUGCUAAUUUUCAAAAAACAUUUGUCCAAUUUGUCUUUGAUCUGGAUGACCACCAGGAAAAGGAAGCUCACACUCCUGAGCCUGAGGCUGAGCCUGCCGACGCCAACCUAGAGGAGCUUAUCGCUGACCCUCCAGAGGGCCAAGGGAGCCUGGAGCUAGAGUUCAUCACAUUUGAUGACAUGGAAAAGGGCAGCGAGGACAGCAUCAUCAGGCUGCCCAGGCAGCACAAGUGUGCGGCUCACACACUGAACCUGGUCGCCAGCGUCGACAUAGAGGGAAGUCACAUGCCUGGAGCCUUCAAGAAGGUAUACAGGAGUGCAAUCAACGAAGCCCAGGCACUAUGGAACCAACAGGGAACAAGUACAGUGUUUGCGGACAGCCUGUACAAAGCGAUAAAUAGGAGGCUCACUGUUCCCACAAAAACGAGUUGGAACAGCCUCUAUGACAGCUUGGUGGUCCUCAACAAAGUGCUAGAGGAGAAGAAAGACCAGCUGCACAAAUGCAUGAACCAAGAGAGGAAUCUGACAAUGUUUGUCCAGAAAGACAUUGACUUCAUGUCAGAAUAUGUUAAGGUCAUGGCACCUGUCGCCAACGCACUGGACCACAUCCAGGGGGAGAAGCAAUGCUAUCUGGGCUGCCUGAUCCCCACCCUCAUUGUGACUAAGAAAAAGCUAGUCAACUUGAUGACCAGCGGCAAUCUCCGGUUCUGCGAGCCUCUGGUCAACACUCUCCUCGCUGCCAUGGAGAGGAGGUUCGCUGCCACCUUUGAGGAUGAGGAGUGUCUUCUGGCCACUGCCUUCCAUCCCAAGUUUCGCCUCAAGUGGAUGGGAGCUUUCGGUUUUAAAUUUGAUGAAAUAAUGGUCAAGAGGUCAGAGGUCAAGUCUCUGAUGGAGAAGAAGGUGGAGGAAUUCUUACAGCGUACUGACAUGGAGACCUCCAGCAGCAGCAGCAGCGAGGAUAUGGAGACAGAUGACUACUACGCCAGCAUUUGUGAUGAGGAGGAUGACACUGGGAGUCAUCACAGUUCAACCAAGUCCAAGGCUGCUCAAAUUGUGAAGGUGUGGCUGGAGGCCAAGGGGACAGAGAGUCUGGCAGACCCAGCCUUCAACAGUGAGAAGGUCCUCAUUAAUCUCUUCUUGAGGUACAACACGGCGAUGCCGAGCAGCGCAGUGGUGGAGCGCUUAUUCUCCCUAGGCAAUGACAUCAUCAGGGCCAAGAGGAGCUCCCUGUCUGAUGAAAACUUCAACAUGUUCAUGUUUAUGAAGGGGAACAUGAGCAUGCUGAAGUUUUAAACUUUCAAAAUCAAAUGUAGUUACUUUAGAGUUAAAACAGUACUUUUCAUUAGUGAAGAGACGGGAUAAACAUUGAAUUUGAAUUUUUCAAAGAUUUUAGAAGUUUUAUAAGAUAGAUAGAAAUAAAUAUUUGGAUUUGUCGUUUUUUUUUUUAUUUAAAAUAUCAUUAUCGCUAGUAUCAGAAUUUUGGAUUUAUCAUUUUAUCGGUUAUCACCACAUCAGGCGAUAAAUUUAUCUCCAAUUAUCAAUUAUCGGUUGUCGCCAGUAAAGUAACUGUUAUCAAUUUAUUGGUUAUCAUGAUCAAUGUUUUCGUUAUCACACCCAGCAACAGCACCACCACCACCACCAAUGAGGAUUUUCUUAUAGGAGUAGGAGAGGAGUGAGGCAGGGUCGUGUGAUGAAUCCAUGGUGAUUCAACGUUUUAUGGUAUGGGUGGCAUGAGAGAGAUUAAUGCAAAGUUGGAAAUGUUAGUGAAAGGCUGAGAGAAUAAAGUGGGCUAGGCAAUGGCAGCAAGCUUGUUUGCUGCUGCUGCUGCACGAGAGGGAGGAUGGGUAAGGAGAGGAAGGAUAGUGAGUACAGAAGAGGUGGUGGUGGUGUGAGCUUAUGGCAAUGGUUCUUGGGCUUUUUUUUGGCUGCGACCCCAAAUCCUGUUCAAAAUGACCAUGGCGACCCAUGUACUACCUUCAUUAAGUAGCAGUAUUUGCUGCAGCAGCAGUAACAGCAGCAGCAGUGAUAGUACUAAUAGUAGUAGUAGUAGUAGUAGUAGUAGUAGUAGUAGUAGUAGUAGUAGUAACAGCAGAAGCCGUAGAUUCGGAGUAGUAGUAGUAGUAGAAAUGUAAAUAUACUUCACAGUCAAACAAAUGACAUGCACCAAAAUGAUAUUUAUCGAAAUCAGUAAUAUGUAACAAUUACAUAAAAAAUAAUAAUAAAUGGAGAUUGCCGUG